AUGGCGGAUAUUUCUCGUCAGCCUGACUCCGCAGCUCAGCCGUUGGAUCCCGUCCUCGUGGAGGGAGCGCUUUUUUUCCGGCCAGAGGAGGGGGGGGAGGCGGAGAUUGCGCAAGGCGCAAAAGCUGCUGCGGAAAACCUGCAGCAAAAGCAGGAGCAGCAAGGCGCGCAAAAUUACCGUUUAAACGGGCGUGACGUGGCGCACAGGGACGGUGCAUGGUCCUUUCGUUUGAACCACAGCAACGCGGGUAGAACAAGCGAGGCGGGUGAAGCGGGAAGCACGGGAGCGGAUUUAGGCGUGCAAUUGCGAUCAAUCAACGUGAGAACGACCCGGAACAGAAACACCCCCCGUACUAGCUGGGAGCGGCAGGAUGGCUCUACCCUCGACUCGUCGUCUUCCCCUGACAGCGCGUCCCCGUUUGGAACUGCUUCGGUUACAGCAACGGAGGCUGGAGACUCCCUAGCGGUGUACCAACGAGCGGUGGCUAAGCUAGUGGCGUUUGGGUUCAACGGGAAGGAGAUUAACGACCAUGCUCGCCGCCUCAUCGCAUUGGGUGCGGGCGGUGUUGUCCUCUUCGCCCGCAACUUCUCCGAUCCCCGCCAGCUGGCCUCUUUCUGCGCCGACCUCAAGCGGGCGGCGUUCCCUCGGCGUCUUCUCAUCAUGGUGGAUCAGGAGGGCGGCAGAGUCACGCGCCUCGGCCCGCCCUUCACCUGCAUCCCCGCCGCCCGCACCAUCGGCUUUUCCCGAAACCCUAAUCUCGCUCGGGCGGCUGGCCUGGAUGCUGACGUGGCAGCAGUGAUGGUCGCCCACGUGGCAGUGCCUGCACUUGUCACGUGGCAGCCUCCCCCUUCCAUGGAGUACCUCCCAGAGAGUGUGAAACGUGUCAUCAGUCCACGGUGGGAUCUGUUUUCCCCUUACAGGAGGCGGAAGCAGUGGGACGAGGCGAGGAGAGAAGCAGAAGCAACCUUGGGAUUGCCGCGAUCGCUCUCUGAGUCUGACCUGAGGGGUUCUGGCAGUGCUGGUGAUAAGAGUAGCCAUGACAGCAGUAGAAAUAGCAGUAACAGUUGUGUUACCACUGGAGCUGACACAGUCAAAUCCCCAUCAACCACACAACAGCCACACCAGCAGCAGCCUAUUCCUCCCACCAACCACCCCGCCCCAUCCCCCAACCCCUCCCCACUGGCUGCCUUCGGCUCUUCUCUCCCUGCCACUCUCUCCCCCGGUGCCCUCUCCUACCUUCGUAUGGAGAUUGGUUUCGAAGGCGCCGUGUUAUCAGAUUGCCUGGAGAUGGGGGCGAUAGUGAAGCAUGUGGGUGUGGGAGAGGCAGCAGUGCUGGCUGUAGCAGCAGGGGUGGAUAUGGUGUUGGUCUGCCACACGGAGACCAGACAGGCAGAAGCUGUUAAUGCGCUGGCGCACGCGCUACAGUCCGGGCGGCUCUCAGUGAAAAGAUUCCGGGCAGCUUCCCGGGCAGUUGAUGCGCUGGCGCGAGUGUUUUGGCGGCCGCCCCCGCCCGAGGGGAGUGAGGUGGAGGAGAGGUAUUGGGAGGAGGAACAGCAGGUGGUAGGGUGUAGGGAGCAUAGGGAGGUUGUAGCAGAGAUAGAACAUGAGGCGUUGGCGCGGGGAGAGGGGGAUGAUUGGAAGGAGAAGGAGAGGAGGGAGGGUGGUCGGCGGUGUACUAUAUCGUAA